GUCACUAUUGGAUCCUAUAAAUUCAAACAAUCGAGUGGAGAAGUAACUUAAAUUUGCUUCCCUGUACUCUGCUGAUUUCUUACAUUGACUCAAUCGAAGGCGAUCGAAUAAAUUGGCUAAGUCGACGAAAAGUUGCUACCCUUGGCUCUGGGAUUUGUUGUUACGAUACUUUCUCAAUUUCGCGCUCAGAAACGACGGUUUUCCUUUCUUCGUCUGGCUACUUUGGCAAUAAUCACGAGAUCGCUCCCUUCUCCGUGACCCUUUAAUAUAAGCGACCAAUGGAUCGCGGCCACGAUGGAGAAAAUUAUUUUUCUUUCCUUUUACAAGAUCGCUUGAAGGUGAAAAGAGAAACCCGACCGAUAAACUACAUCAUGGAUACAUACGUAGCGGCACUUUCCUUGUACUACGCGUACUAAGAGGAUAAAUCUGAAGCAGGAAAAAGAAGAUGAUAAAUUUCCACCUGCAAUUCAGAACCUGUCUAUUUGAUUGCGAUAGUCACCGGCGCAAACUGAAAUGGAUUGGAAUUUUUUCUAGUAUUUAUCGAUAUCAUAAUUUGUAUAAGUUCUCAAAGAUCAUAGUGUUUUUUUUAACGGAUUAUCGUAAAUAAAAAAAAAAAAAUUAUCACGUUACCUAAACACUCAACGAAUGCUAUCAGCCGAUGUCAAUAACAAGUUGCAUAUUGCAUUCAUAGUUAUCGCAGUAGCCUUGGUAGAAGAAUGCAGAGAUAAUGACUAGGAAUUCUUUCACAAGGUAACACAAUUUUAUGUAUUAUCUAUGCUGAGGUCAAGGUUUGCGUCAGCAAUUGAAAUGAGAACACAAUUUUCGGGGUUAUUUUUAACUCAAACAACAUGCGGACAAAUUUGUUCAAUAAAUAUUCAUAUUUCUUAUCCGAAUCCGUGCAUGAAGUAUAAAUUAGAUAAUCGGCUUAUCUUAAGUGGUCGCGUUGUUGACGGAAUCAUUCGAAGCUUCGAAGUGGCGACAGAUUUUAAACCUUUUAAAAUUCGCGGUACGACGCAUCGAGCGUCAUUUGUUAGAUCUCGUUUGUUUUUUCGCCAUGUUUGCACAAAUACAAAUUGUGACGUGCGCAUAUCGCCACGCGCGUCGUGUAUUGAAACGUGGUGUUUGGCUUGAUCCGUGCUCGCGUGCCGGUUGAUUCGCCGGUUGUAAUGACGAUCGAAUAACGAAUUACCCCAAAAACAGCUUGUAAAUAUAACCCCCUCAGCCCGUCAGCGGUGAAGGGUAGGUCUAAUUGGUCGAUAUUGUAGAAUUGAACGUUUAACAAAUAGUUUUGCCCACCAAUUUCGUGUGUGCCAGUGUGCUGUCACCCGAUUGCAUUGUGUCUCAUCGGCGUGUAACAAAGCAAGUGGUAACGGUUUAUAGACGAGCUGAGAAAUAUCUUAAAAUAUUCGGAACUGUUCAACAAAACUUGUCAAAUAUGGUGAGAACAGUUAGAAGUAGAGCAGCGGAGGGUGGCACACGAGUUGGAGCCAAAGCACCGCGGAAAACCGGAAUAGUUGGACCUUCAAUGGCUACCAAACCUAACAGUCAAAAAAAGGGUCGAGACAAUGGGGGAGGAAAUUCGUACUUCCCCAGAGAAACGCCAAGUUGGCAAAAACCGAUAACGUCAUUUUUCAACCUCCAACAACCUGAAUCUGGAGAAAGUUCUGGGACUCAACAGAAGACGGGUGUUGUUACAACUGAUUCGACGGAUGAUUCUCAGGCGUGUGCUGGUCCCUCAACUGCAGGCAAUACAAGUGAUUAGGUUCCACCAAAGCUGUUCAAAAGAUAUCUAUCAGUAUUUGAAGUAUGAUUAUCGCUGAGUUUCAACCUAUGGACUGUCGACACAUGCGUCUGACUGUAUGUAUACAUGAAUAUCUUCUACAAUUAAGGGUUUGAUAAGUUAUCUUUAUGAACUUCAUUGAAGUCUUCUUAACACUAAUUUUCUUAAGUUAUACUAGCUAUUUGAUCAUUCUAAUUACCAUUUACAAUUUGAAAUAUUUCGUUUCACAUAAUUAUUUCAAGUUCAUUAAUAACCUCAUCAUCAGUUGAUUCAUCAAAAAAUAUUCAUAUCCGAUGUAUGUAUCAAAGUCAGAUGAAACAAGAGGUCACAUAUUACGAUACUAAACAUUAUGACGAGUAUUUUUUCGAGUAGUAAAAAAAAAAGACACCAAAUGUGCCAUUUAGAAUAAGUUGUUGUGUAGUAUACAUAUAAUAUUUUUGUAUCACAAUGUUAACUGUCCACAAUUAGUAGAUGUGUCAACUUGAUUAAGUAUAAGUAUAAGUAUAUGUAUUUGUAUUUUUUUAUUUUAAUGUAAGAGAUGGAUAACUGGUUUUAUCAUUUGAUAUCUAAUAAUGUUUGAGGAGUACUAACAAACCAGAAAUGUGAUUCAUGGUUCAAUAAAUAUUUAAAGUUGAUACACACUAAAA